AUGACAAUCGAAAAACCGUAUGACUAUGCUGCGCUGAUGGUGCGAGUCUCUGCUGGAUUCGUGAUAUUCAUCUCAUUGUCACUCAUUCUACUGGUGGUUGGGAAUCUCAUCUACACAAGUUUCACUGACAGAAUCGUUUUGAAAUCAAAAAGAAGCCGUUAA